AUGAUCCCUGCAAAUGACACCAAAGUGACAGAGUUCAUUCUCUCAGGGCUGACAGACUGCCCGCAUCUGCAGGUCCCUCUAUUCUUUAUUUUCCUGGCGAUGUAUACUGUCACAUUGGUGGGAAACUUUGGGCUAAUCAUAUUAAUCAGGAUGGAUCUUCAUCUUCACACUCCCAUGUACUAUUUCCUCAGCCAUUUGGCUUUCGUUGACAUUUGCUAUUCCUCUGUCAUCAUCCCCCAGAUGCUGGUACACAUCUUGGAAGAGGAGAAAACCAUUGGUUUCUCAAGGUGUGUAGCCCAGCUGUGCUUCUUUGUUGUCUUUGGCAUCACUGAGUGCCUUUUGCUGGCUGUCAUGGCAUACGACAGGUACGUGGCCAUCUGCAAGCCCCUCCUGUACCCUGUCAUCAUGUGCCGGAGGACGUGCGGAUGGCUCGUAGCUGGUUCCUACGCAGUCAGUGUUUUGCACGCAGUGACACACGCCACUUUCAUCCUUGCAUUUUCCUUCUGCAGAGCCAACAUCAUCAACCAUUAUUUCUGUGACAUCCUCUCUUUCUUAGCUCUUUCCUGCUCUGACACCCACAUCUAUGAGGUCGUUGUCUUUGCUCUUGUCAGCACAAACUGUCUCAGCACAAUGACUAUCAUCUUCUUCUCUUACAUUUAUAUCCUUCCCACCAUCCUGAGGAUCUGCUCUCCAGAAGGCAGGAGAAAAGCCUUCUCCACCUGUGCCCCACACCUAUCGGUUGUCACCAUGUUUUAUGGGGCAAUUCUGUUCAUGUACCUGCGCCCCAGCUCCACAAACACACUGGCCGAGGACAAAGUAACCACACUGUUUUACACAGUCAUGACUCCCAUGCUGAACCCCUUCAUCUACAGCCUGAGGAACAGGGAGGUGAAGAUCGCCAUGAAAAGAGCACUUCAUAGACUGCAAUAA